AAAAAGCAGCCAAACAACAACACCAUCAGCUGACUGGUGAGGGGUGGGCGGCGACCUUCCUAAAUAGUGAGUUUUCUCUGGUUUGUGCUCACUUGUGAGCCCUGAGCACCCAGCACGGGCUGCCUGGCGCUCUCCUCCUGGCACAGUGAACCUAAACCAUCCAAGACAAUGGCAGAGUUUUUGAAAGGAUCAAUGGGUCUAAUGCAGCAUAAAAAUGCCAGUAAAUCUCUUGUGUCAAAGAAAGAGGAAUUUGUUAGAAAUGAAGAUGAUGCAGAAGAAAUACUGGUUACUCAAAGGGCUGAGGUUGAAUCUCUGCUGUCAGAGUUGGUCAACACAGUUGGCGCCGUUCUCACAUCAAGACCAACACAAGUCUGGCAGUUGUAUGGAGGGUUUCAACGUAUAUAUGAAACUGUAAAGAACAUUUUCUGCCAUGGCUGCAAACAUAUUGAUGUGCAGGGGAAUGCCGAUAUGUGGCCAUUUGUGGUUGGUCUACGGGUUCUCUAUCCAGCAUUAGGACCCUGUGUAAAGAUGACAACUACCCCUCGACCAGCAGACAAUUGGAUUCAUAUGUCUUUGGAGAAACUGCAGCUUGCGGCUAAAAUUGAAGCCCUUACAUCUGAUAGAGAUCAUGUUGAGAAGCAUUAUCAUCCAUGGGCACUGAUGUCUUCUCAGGAUCACGUUUCAGCUGUCAUAACUUGCCUUCGAGCUCUGGAAGAGAAUUCUCAAUCUAUCUUGGCUGACAUAAACUCAAGACUGCUUGUUGGGACAUACCAGCCACUUCCUGGAACCACAACUAUGCCUCACAAUGAUUCAGCUAAUCAAAUGGGCUCACGAAUAAGACCGCGUCUCUGCGGCAUAAAUUCAGCCGAUUUGAUGAGUAAACCUGAUCUUCUUAAAAGGAACACUUCAUCUCUACCAACGAGUCCAGUUACAGAAAAGGAGUGCCCAACAUUGUUUUCUCAGUCUAACAAUCAAAACAAGAGCUUAAAUAAAGAAAUAAAAAAGGAAUUAGAUAUUGUACCUUCAUGUUCAGAAGUUGUUAAAUCUCUUAAGAAUAAAGAAAUUGGUAGAUCUAGAGAUAACACAAAACCUGUAAAUGUAAAUGUGGAAAGUAAAGAUGUGACUUUAAUGCGUCGAGAGAGUCCAGAUGGCAGUUCAGAUUGUUCAGACUGGCCUGCAAUGAUGAGUCCUGUUGAUCAGUCUAUAGUGUUCAAUACAGAUGAGUCUCCUCGGGUAUCUGAUGGCUCAACUUUUUCUUCAAUAUCAAAACUAGUUCAUGGCAAAACUAUUCAUAUUUUAACUAGUGAAACUGGAGCAAGGCCCAAGGAGUUAACCCCCAUCCUGCAAUCAGAUCUUCAUCCUGUGUCUUUCACAGAGUUUUUGAAUGUAAGUGACAGUGGUAGUGGACCAGGGAGUACUAUUUCUCCAAGCCUCUUACAGGUGAACUAUGGAGGGGAAUGUUCUACAAGUGAUGGGGACAGUAGUACAACUGGUAGCUUCCAAAGAUCAAGGGGUUCUCAAGGGUUCAGAACUCCACAGUUACGACACCGGGCUAGUACUGGAAGACUGACAUCUUUACCUGCAGAUAGUGACCAGGACAGUGAAGAAACUGUGGAUGGAAUUUCUUCUCAAAUUCCCAGACGAAGACGACGGUUCCCAUCAACUCCUCAGCCUUCAAGCUUAUCUGUCAAAUUAUUGACAGAUAGUAGAGGGAUAUUAAAAUCUGACAGUAACCUGGAGAUCAGUUGUUCAAAUGAUUGUUUAAGAAAGGGUUCUGAGCAGUCCAGUUCCUGUGAUAAUUUAAAAAGUUUGGUUCAUAAACCUGUUGUAUCGAAUGCCUCUACAAAUAAUAAUCCUUCCAGUGUUGUACCUCCAUCAUCUGAGUUACCACAGACUACCGAGUGUCCUGUAGUCUCUACACCCUGCAAUUUUUCCAAAAGUGUCCUUCCACAUGUUACUUCAGCUCCAGUUUCUACUAAUCUUUCUGCUGAAAUUAUUGAUAAUGUAGCAUUUAGUGCACCUGUGAGAGAUUUUAAAGGAAAUUUAUUAGCCAGCGAGGAAGUUAAAGCAAAGAAAAAGACCCAUGGUCGCUCUCGAUCUGAUGGCUCCCAGGAAUUGGUAGGAAAAUUAUGCCUAUCACAGUCUAAUACCGUACCAGAACUAGAAUCUAAAUUCAAAGCAACAAAACUAGGCAAAACAGGAGACUUUGGGAUCAGUGCACCAGUUCCAGUGCGUAAGCGUUUUAUGGAAGAUGGGGGUCAUAGUAUAACCCCAGCAGCUGACAAUGGAUUCUUCCCUCGUCCCCAACCAGGACAAAGUCUCAUUGGGUUUCUUUCAUCCAAAGAGUUCCACAAGCAGUAUGCCGAGUUGGAUAGAGAAAAUGCCCAUUUCAACAUUUCUGAAGCUGUGAUUGCUGCUCUGACACAGAUGCAGUUUGAUGCCUGGCAGCAGAAGUAUAGCUCUAGUCCAGGAACAGGUGAUGAGAGUGAUGAAGAGAUUCGUAGUCUUCAGGCUCGCAUCAGGGAGAAAAGAAGGCAAAAAAUAUCUGGCUCUGUCUUGUCAGCAACUACCUCUACUAAUACUGUAAUUGAAUCCAUUUCUGAUCCUCAGAAAUGGGCCUCUAAAUCAUCAGGAAAAUUAGAAAGUACUACUGAUUACAGUGUGUACGAGUCGCCACAGAGCUCGGCCUACAAUAGUGAGUCUGAUAUGGUUUCGGAGUUGGAGGAGGAGCUGGAGAACGAUGGAUCAUCAAGCUGCGAAGACACUCCAAUUUUGCAAUCAAGAACGACUUCAGAGAGUGAACCCUCACCUUUCAAGACUGACCUAACCUCAGCAGAGAAUGUUGCUUUGAACUUGCUUAAACACUUCAAUGAACAAAGGCUUCCCAAAGCAUGUGAGCUGGAGUGGCUCGUGUCUGAACAGGAUGUACCACAAAAGCUGUUGCCAUUGCCUACAAGUGUGGCAGUUAGUCCUGAUGAUAGUGGAGCAGGGAAGGCAUCACUCUCACAAACUCAGCUCCGUGGAACUUCUGAUUGGGCUCCGCCGAGACCUCAGCUCAUUUUCACUCUUCACACCAACACAAAGCGUUCGGUGUUGAUGGGUGGCCAAGGGUGGCGGUGUGCAGGCUGUGGUAUGCGCGUAACUGAGCGUCUUAGCAGGCACUUCCGACUUUGUAAUUACUUAGGUCGAUACUUCUGCACAACCUGUCACACCAACCAGACUGCUAUGAUUCCGGCCAAAAUACUUCAUAAAUGGGAUUUCAAAUUGUAUCCAGUAGCUAAAUUUUCAUCAGAACUAAUAAAAAGUAUGAGAAGUGAUCCAUUGUUCAAUAUUGAUGCUCUCAAUCCUGGGCUAUAUAAACGGUGCCGACACCUUCACCAAGCGUACAUCUACCGACUGCAGUUGUACCGCUCUUUACCGUACAUCAACACCUGUAGCAGGUCUCAAAGUGAAAAAGUGAUGCUUAGUAAGACACCUCCACAUUGGUCGGGAGAUCCUCACGCAUACUCUUUGGAUGACCUCAUAUCUGUGAAGGCCGGCUUGCUGGUGACGGAGCUGAAGAGUAUCACCUCGCAGUGUAUUGUGCAUAUUGCCAAGUGUCAGGUAUGCUUGGGACGAGGUUUCAUCUGUGAAGUAUGUGGCCUAGGAGAUGCUAUCUUUCCAUUUCAAUUGGAUUCAACUGCACUCUGUAAUACUUGCAGUGCUUGUUUCCAUGCUGGCUGCUUUUCUCCAAUCCGUUGCCCUCGUUGCAUCAGACGAGAAACAAGACGAUUAUCGCAUGGUAAUCUUCAAUUGCUGAACUCUUAAGAGGUUAUAUAUGUUAUGCCUGUCUCCAAUCAAAAUACCUUUCUCUGUCUUUGAACAGGGCUGCACAUGCAGUUUGUCCUUCAUUUUUUCUUCCAUGAUUUCUGUAAAUAUUUUUGUCUUGAAGCUAUGCUAAGCAGCUUAUUAUAAUUGUGAUAGUUGCACUGGAUUGACACUUGAAACAAGUCUACCAAAGAGUAAUUUUAUCUCACAGUAUCAGAUCUGUAUCCUGUAUAAUGCUUGUACAUAUUUUCAAUUUUCCUAAAGAAUCAAAGGUGACUGCCAAACAACUUAGAUACUUAGUAAAGUUUACUGGUAGUAUACUUUUUAUUGCUCGUCAAGACCGUUAAGAAAGCAAGAGUAGAGGGACGUUAUGAGCCACUUUGCUUUAUACGGAUUAGUAUUAUUUCUUGCCAGGGAGUUGUUAACCUCCCACUUCAAAGUAUGUAAACAUUUUAAGUUUCCAAGCUGAACUGUAAUCAUUUUGCAUACCGGAUGUUUCACUUCAGAAAUGCAUUAGUUGCUGUUAAAAUAGUAAAUAACUAUUAGCUGAAAUAUCUUCAUUGCACAAAUUAAUUGGUCACAAUAUGAAAACCAAUACAUAUUGUAUACUGGCUGUAUACAUUGGCGUGUUAGAAUAAUGAGAAGCUUUCAUGUGUUAGAGGCAGCAUUAGAAGAACAUAAUACAAUACAAGUUCUGUACAACCAAAUAAAUUAAUGCAUACAAAAUAAGGAAAUGUGAUAUAAAUCAUUUAACAUCAAUGUUAAUUAGCAAUCUUGAAAUCUUUAUAGAUCAUUUGUUCUUCAUGGUGUUGAAAUGCAUCAUACAGUGUAUACAGUACUGUAGUUGCAUUUAAAGAGUAAAAAAGAAUGGUUGCUGUAAAUUGGAAGUGAAUAACUUUCAAAGUACGGUAAUUAUAUAUCUUAACUAUUAUAUUUUUAUAAUUGUAAUUAAUAUUGAAAGCAAAAUUGAGAGUAAAGGAACGUGUCUUAAACUUUUAUCUAUCGUCGUGUACUGUAAAAGGGAAGUAAUAUUGCUGGUGAGUAUUGACUUGCAUGUUUGAGACUAAGACGGCCAUUUUAGUUGAAUCAAAAUAUUGAUAACUGUUAAAUGUUUUUUGCUUUGUGACAUUAUUUACCUAAUGUGUUAUGGUAGGUAUAGUUGUCACGGUCAAGAAGUAUUUCUCAUCUCUGGUAGAGGAACAUUCUGUUGGGACUUGCUAUUUUGUCCUUUUAAAAAUAUAGUAUGAAUGUGUUUGUGUGUUACUUAAAUAUUAGAAAGUCUUAAAUUUGUUUGAAUUUGAAAAAAAAGAUUAUUGAUAAUUUUAAAUAGUGUAACAAGUUUCUGUUCUAAGCUUUAUUCUGAGGACAAAGAAUUGGUCAGAAAGGAAAGAGAAAGGUCAGGUAAUAAAUAAUAUGUUAAACUAGUCUUCAGUAUUGAGAAAAUAUUGGUAACAUGGCACUUGGUGUGCUUUCCAUCUCUCUGUGCAAGUUAUUAUCUUGUUUUAAUAGCUUUAUGCAUUUGUUAUUGGUAACAUCAUUGUAAUACUAAAGGGUAAAAAUAAAUUGUCUAGCUAUAAUAUCACAAAAUAUUUGUUAGGGCAGAUACUACCUAAUCUACAAGUUCUAAGUCUACUUCAUACGACCAAAUGUCAAUUGCACAUCUAAUGUAAAAUUGUGGCCUAUAUAUUGAAUAAGAAGAAUUAAUACAAUGGUUGUGGAAGCUACUAAGCUCAGGUUGUUUUUUGUGUAGAUGAUAAUGGGCCUUAUGUGAUGCCACUUUCAUAUUGUGUGUCAAAUUGUUCAUAUUUCAUUCCAUAUUCUGUUUAGGCAACUAAGUAGUUAAUUCUUAUAAGUAUUAUAGUUUUUAAUUGAUGGUGUUGUCGACCAGCACUGUUCAUUGUUGUUAAGUAAUCCACUAUGAUAUUUGCUGGAUGUAAGAAUUUACAAAUCUUAGGAACUAAUAUAUAAUUUAAAUGUUAUUCAGAAAUUAUGAUUCCAAGAAGCCUUAUAAAGUACAGUACAGUAUUUAAGAAAAGUUAGCAGGUAGAACUUCAAAUAAAGUUUGUUAAACAUG